ACGAACAGAUCUAUUCCGCUUAUGCGGAUGAUAUUCAAACAUAACCUGUACUUGUUAAAUCAAGUGAAGUCCAAGGUAUUUAGCGAUACAUAGUGAAUAAUAAAAAUCAAGCAAAAGUGUGAGAUGUUUUUGAUCGUUUGUUGACAAUGGCAGAUAUUACUUUAACAAGCGAGCAAACCAAGUUUAUAGAAGAAUGUGAGGAGGAGUUCAAGGAUCGUUACACGGAGAAGGACGACGAUUUUAUGAAGAUUAAGAUGCAGGAGUUGAGCAAGCCACCCAUUGUGGAUCCUUGGUACAAUAAACCUCGCAGGCAUGAUUGGUCACGUCAAAAUCAAAAUCAAAAUCGUGAUAGACGUAAUCAUCACUGGGAUCGCCGUAAUAAUGAAAGAAAUGAAAGAUUGGAGCGACAUGCUGGCAAACACUUCAUGCACCAUCGGCAAAGGAUGUAUUGAUGUUCAGUGGCACUGAUAUAAACAUGAGAAUUCGGAUAACAUUAUGUGAACAUUUUUUUUAUAAUUUAUAAUUAUUGUUUGCGCAUACUGUUUAAUUAAUAGAUGAUGCAUAUGGAUAUAAAAUAUUUAUUUAUGCAUAUAAAAUAAUUAUAUACAUAUAUUUUCAUUCCUACAGAAUAAAUCUAAAAAAAAAAGAGUAUUCAUAUAUGUAUAAAGAAUAUUUAUACAUAGUUAUCAUGAUUUUUAUGUACAUAAUUGUCACAUAGAAAAUGUGAUCACUUCUUGAGGAUAGAAGAUGAACAGAUGCCCCAGAUAUUGUAUGAACGAGAUAAAACUUGCAAAAUAUAUACAUUUUACCUACA